AUGACAGAUAUAAAAAUCAAAGGUUAUGGUAAAAACGGGGCUGAUGGGAAAGAUGGUAAAGACGGUUCUAUAUUUUCUAGUUCAGGACGUAACGCAAAACCUGCAGAAGACGGCAAAGAUGCAAAAAAUAUGGAUUUAGUAUUAUCUUCGGUAAAGGGAUCUAAAGUACCUGGCCAUAUCCACAUUACGGGCACGAAAGGUAAUCAACAUUAUGAUAAAGAAUGUUUUCUUGACCUCACUGGAAUGUUACAUUUUAUAGCUUAUGGGGGUAACGGUGGUGACGGAGGCAAAGGUGGUGACGCAUCAUAUAAAAAUUCGACUUGCGAAUAUCGUGGACACGGCGGAAAAGGAACUAAAGGUGGAAAUGGCGGGGAUGGUGGGCAAAUAAAGAUAACUACAAAUGAGCACGAUUCUCAUUUACUUACGUUGAUUGGUAAAUAUGAUACAAAUGGCGGAAAAGGUGGGAAAGCUGGAAAUCAUGGAAAUGGAAAUAAUAUGUAUGAUGAAAACCUAGUGAACGGUAGGGAUGGUAAAAAUGGAACAUUUAAGUGCGGUGUUAUGGCAGAAGAUGGUCAAUGGUAUGAGAAAUCGCCGGUACAAACAAACACAUUGAAAAUCAAAAAUUUGAAAUAUGAACCUCAAGCGGAAAGUGGAAUUUAUGAACCCGGUAGUACAUUUAAUAUUACGAAUAUGAAACUUGAGAAUAUAGGGUCAGAACCCACGCCAAAGCAUACUUUAAUUAGAAUUGAGCUGGACUCCAAGACCAAGUGGAUUAAAAACCAUUCUAUAUUCGCACCAUUACAUAUUCAACCGAACAAUCAUAAAAGUCUAAGAAUGUCUGUAAAUAUUAAUGAUUGUGAAGCUGUUGAUGAAGAACCUCUUAAAGAUUUGGUAAAUUUAGAAUUCAAGGCGGUAAUGACAAAAAUUGAAAGACCUUAUCAAAUUUCAUUUGAAGAAUCCUUUGAAUUCGUCAUUCAGUAUCCCAUUAAAAUGAGUGAAGUAACGGCCAUUCGUACUCAAAGUGAUAUAUACGUAUUAUUCUUGUCCGUUAGCAACAUAAGCGAAUCAGCUUUUGGACGACAUUCAAACUUUGGACGUCAGGUUAGAACGGUUUUGACAAAUGAUGAAACAAUAAAUGAAGAGAUCGAUAACCAAGAAAUUCCUUUUGUCGAGGCGGGAAAAUCAAUUCAAGUUACAAGCAAAGUUAAGCUCAAUAAUGAUAAUAGCUGGCAUAAUUUUACCGUGACUUUACAGAUAGGAUUAGUUGAUGAACCAAACAAACUUAAAUCCAUUCAAAGGCGUCGCUUUAAAAUAAAAACAACAAGCAAGUCUACCCAAGAUUUUAUACUCGAUGCUUCCAUGAACGCAUGUGAAAAUGUUACAAACAAAAAGAAAAACAUUACUAAUAAAGGAUUGAUUGAUAUAUCAUUAUCAUAUCAAUUCGAUGAGCAAACGAAUUUAAAAAAGGUAUUAUUUAGAGGUUCCAUGAAUUGCAACGAUGGUUUGAACAUUUCAUUGAAUAAUUCAUUUUACUUUGGGAUGGAUGAAUAUAUUUAUAUCGCAAAUUCAAAACAUUUACAAGAUUAUGAUGAAACUAAUGAGAUCAUAAAUUAUCGAAGACCUUUUAAACUUCGACUUCACCAAAUUGAAAUCGACAGCAUUAAUGAUAGCGGAAUUAUCGAACCUAGCAGUGAUAAUAUUAAGAUAAAAACAUUAAAACUUCGUAAUGAAGGUGAAAUGCCUACGCCAAAUAAUUAUGGAAUUUACAUAAUAAUUUCAUCAAAGAAUAACAUUAUUUAUAAUAACAUAUUAUGUACGAUCACUGAAUCAAUCCAAUUUAAUCAAAUUUAUGAACUUAAAAAUUUAAUUUGCAAGCGUUCAAGGUUGAAUAAUCCCGACAUAAAUACCUUUCCUUUACAAAUUAAAGAAGAUAUUAUGCUUAAAGCGGUUCUUGAUUCGAAGAUCAAUUGCACUUUACAAGAUUUUAAUAGUAAAAAAAUAGAUAUCUUAAUACAGCAUCCUAUUUUGAUUGAUGAAUUUAUAGGAAUCAGACGACCUUCAGCGACUCGAGAAAUAUAUAAUAUAUUUUGGAAGGUCAAAAAUAUUAGUAAUAUCGAAGUUGGAAAGAGUUCAAAAGAAAAGCGUCAAAUCGAAUGUUUUAUUUAUAAUUAUAACAACGACGAUAGAUUAUAUAGAAAUGAAAUCAAACAUUUAGAAGCGAAGAGUAAUGAUUUAUUAUCAACUAAAAUUGAAAUCAGGAAUGAUUUCAAUGGUCAAAGUAGGUUCGAUAUAAAAUUAUUAAUUGGUACAAUGGAGUCACCCGAAGUCCUUUUACCAAUUCAAUCAUAUCCUUUUAACCUAAAACCCUUGGGUGGGUCAAUUUAUAACCUCAUGGACUUGGUGUUUGAUUUAAAUGCUGGACGUUUAAAUUUAAACGAUGAACAAGAUGAUUAUGCAAGUCCUGGAAGUGUUCAACUUAUUAUUUCAACACCAGACUCGAUCAAACAUAAAGUUGGUGAUAUUGCAAUUCAAGGAACAUUGCAAUAUACGAAUGGGUGGAAAAUUAACAUUAAUGAUUGUUUUUCGUUAGGAAAAACUGGUAUGAUUCAUCUUUAUCCUAACGGGAAAAAAGACCUUUUUAAAGGAACGAUCGAUAUUGAAAUUAUGCAAGAAGAUGCUGAACUUCUUUACUUGAUUGAUAGUUCUAGUUUGGAUAAAUGCAAGAAUCAAUUGUAUAAAGUUAUUACCGGUUCAAUCUUAGGUAAUCAAGUACAUUUGUAUUACCAAAUGUAUGAGUUAACGUUAGUAGAUUUUGGAUUUGAAUUUGAAGAUAAAAAUGGAAUUUACGAACCGGGAGCUAUUAUUAAUGUAUCUUAUAUUAGGUUCAAAAAUACCGGUGGAAUGCCAACUCCUAAUAAUUAUAAAAUUUCAAUUGAUUCUUUAAUUUCAACUGGAAUAUCAUUAAUUAAUGAUAAUUCCUUGCAUUUAUCUAAAUCUAUUGAACCUGCUCAAGAAAUUAUGUUUACACAAGAUGAUGAGAAGCUUUUAGAGUUUCAAAUCAUUGAUCAGGGAAGAAUUUCAAAAGAUAAGCCUUUGCAUAAAAUGUUUACGGUAUAUUUAAAAGCGUUGAUGCUUGGGAUUGAUCGUGAGAUAACUUUUGACUUUUUUAAACAAGUUAAUGUCAGAUAUCCGAUACAAUUUAAUGAUGAGAUUAAAUCUAGUGUAAAUAGUAAAGUCACACGAGUUUCUUGGAUAUUAAGCAAUAUUAGUCAAAUCGAUCUAGGUUCCAAGUCAAAAUCGAGAAGAAUCGUCAAAGCUCAAAUCACAAUUGAUAAGAUGAUACCCGAAAAUAGUUUAAAAUUUAAAUCCACUCUGGGUUUAUCAAUCUAUCUUGAACAAGAAAUUUUACUAUUAAAUGGCAAUCAAACAAAAGAAAUGUUUUGUGAUUUGGUCAGCACAUUAUCUGAAAAUGAACAAUCUAUUAUAGAAGCAAGCGUCACAAUCUCCCUUUGUCUUGGAACUAUUAAAUCACCUCAUAAAGUGAAUAAUAUUGAGGUUCGAAAGAAAUCAAUUAUAAUUUCACCAUCAUAUAAAACAAAUAAUAAGGAUGAUUUGUUGUUAGUGACCAAUUCUAAAACUACAAGAAAAGACAUCGAGAGUUGGUUUAAAUUGUGCCAGGAGUUAAAUUUGACCGUGUCUUUAUGGGAUAUUAAAAAGGAAGGUCAUAUUGAUUUAUUGGAAUCAAAUAUAAUGAAGGAUUUCUCCGGGAAAUCUAUAGUAGUUCUUAAUAAUGAGUUUGAGAAGGGUAAUAGCAUAAUAGACUUGAUAAAUCCCCUCCAAUUUUAUCAAGCAGUAAAUUCGCAUGAUAUUAAGUUUUACAUAGUCGGGAAAACAAUUAGCGACAAUAAAAUAAAAAGUUUAUUCAUUCCAGAAAGUUUGAUACAAAAGUCAGACAAUUCACAAAUUACUUCUAAAUUUAAUACGAUCAAAAAUUAUGUGAAGGUAAAACAGGGAGUUAAUCCCACUCAAAAUACUAAUUUCGAAUGUAUUAAUACCAGUUUACGACCCAUAACGUUAAUUAGAAUGAAUUCGAAUUCUGGAUCUAACCAUUAUACAAGACAAAAGGUUCAAAAAUUAUCUAUUUUCGCAGAAAAAUGGUUUAAUAAUCGUAACAUAUUCAUAUCAAUUAUUGGUAACAAAAGAGCUAAUGAUCGAAUUAUUUUAUGCAAGACUUAUGAUAGGACAAAAAGGCAUUUAACAUAUCAUAAUAGAGAUCCAAAAUACCCUAUUAAUAGUAAAACAAACAAGAUUGGAUUAUUAUCUUGUAUUUCUUUCACGAAACGACUUGAACAAUUACAAGGUAUGAUGUUUUUACAUGAUGAAACUUCAAAUGAACUUUUAGAAAUUCAUAAAAAUUUAGUUGAGGUGGAUCUAGCGAUGGAAAUCAUAAGUCUAUGCGAAAGGCUUGAAUUUGAUAGUAUACCUGAUGAUAAUCUAUUCAAAUAUUUUACAUUUUUCAACAAAUUUUGCAUGGAAUUUAUUGUGAGCAUAAUUUCAAAAGAAGGUUCGCUUUCUGCUGCAAAUUCUGAUUGGAUACUUAAUGUCUUGGCAAAAUUAGAGAUAUCAGUUUCAUUCCUUAACUUAUUCAAAUUAGACCAAUUUAUUCAAAUGCAAUAUCAAAAGUCCUUUCAACUUUUAAUUGAGAACAAUAAAAUCUUAAAUUUUCAGUCAAUCAAAGACACAUUGAAUGAUAAAGUGAACUCCAUGAUGAAAUAUUGGAGUAAACAUUUUAAUCGACAAUCUGUUCAACAAAAUGUAUUAAAAUUUGUUAAAUGUAAAUUGCUUGAAUUUUUAUAUAUUGAGGGAAAUUUGAAAACCGAAUGGAAUUAUUUAAAUGAUAGUAUGGACAUAUUUUUAAACGAAGAAGAAUAUAAUGAUUAUAAUAAAUUUCAUGUAAUAGCUCAUAAAAUCAAUGAUGAGUAUAGUGAGGAUUAUAAAAAAGAAAUUGGUCUGAUAGCAAAACAAAAUGCUUCGUUAUUACAAGACAUUGAGACUGGAAUCGUAAUAAUUAGAACUGAGAAAUUUAACCAUGGAUCCGAGAAAUUAAAUAAAAACCAUGGAUCAGAGGAAACUAUUAAAUACCUUGGACCCGAGAAAAUUAAUGAAAACUAUGAUAUAGAGAAAAUUAAUGAAAAAAAUUUUGGUGCUGAAUAUAUAAAUGAAAAUCAUGAAACUGAAUUAGUUAAUGAAAAAAAUCUCGACACUGAGAAAAUUAAUGAAAAUCAUGAAUCCGAGAGUAACAUCAAGGAAUAG